AUGGUUGGCAUGCCAGAGCCCGUACAGUCUCUCAAAUGGCGCGGUCGCGACGUGGUCUUCGUGGACCCGCUUGACAACACUGCCAAGUACUGGUGGCCGGCAAUGAUCGUUCCCACAGACGAAAUUGACGCAAGCAUGGGCUGCCUAUCCCUGAGUGCCGCCGAAUACCUGGUCAAGUACUUUGAAGACAACAAAUAUUCCACAGUUCGUGAGCAGGAGCUGCGGGUCUUCGAUACCGCCCAGGCGCCGUUCACCGAAUUUGCCUCGACGACGCCAGCGUUCCUGAAGGACCGAGCAAUCAAAAGCGCCCUGUCGUAUCUGAAGACCGGCCACGUGCAUAGCAAAUUCAAGUGGAAGCUCUGGCAAACAGGCACCGAAACCCUCCAGCUGCCAUUCGCUUUAUCGCCAGCCAAGACCCCGCCAUCAUCGCCGCACGCUGACUCCGACUCGGUCACGCUGGUAUCGACCGGCAGCUGCUCGAGCGAGCCGCAGCUCAUGCCCACCACGCCGCCAACCAAGGAGCCGUCGCCCUCAACCCCGGCCACUCCAGCCACGCCGGCCACGCCGGCCACGCCGGCCACGCCGGCCACACCGGAGCAGACCCCAAAGCCGGCGCGUACCGGCCGCCGCGGCCGCCCGCCGCUGUCUACCAAGCGCCAGAUGCGUCGCCCGAGCCCCGUACCCGUUGACCUGCCGGUACUGGCUGACGACACACAGUCCCGCGAGGUCAUGGAUGAAAUCAAGAAGGCCUUGGGUGAGCUGGAGAAAAUGCAGCGCGAAUUCCGUGCCUGCCGCGUGCUGGUGCGCAAUGCUGCAAGGGACAUCUGGGAGGGCAGUGGCAACGAGUGGCCGCCAAACUCGGGCGCUUCGACGCGCUUUGGUCAUAAGCGCAGGAAAGUGCAUUGA